CGUGUAGCGGAGAGUUCGAGAGAGUUUCCCGAAAGGUUUGUCCCUGCUUACACUUGUGGUGCACACGCCCCGCCCGUGGCAGGUGUUCCUGUGUGAUCGUAGCACUCGCGGCAGAACAUAAAUCAGAGCACUUUAAUCAAUCUCACGUGCGGAGUUGCAGUUUUCCAGCAGACAACAGUUGGGCUACUGCUUGGUGAUUAAGCAUACGCCAGCACAUUGCGGCCAGGCUUGAGCGGAUGCGGAUGCGGAAGCGGAAGUCCGCACAGUUCUAGCUGUUGUGGCCAUGGCAGCGCAGCCGCGCUGAAAGUGUUGCCAGCAGCAGGGACAGCGGCAGCAAUUCGAAGCGGAAAACGGAAAUCAAACUAAAGUGCGACGCAACACGCGGGCGACUCAUAAAAUGUUCGACCCCUGAAACACACAAAAACACAAAAACAUAAAACAUAAUGCCGCGGCAGCAGCAGUAGCCCACAAACAGGAGCCAGCCAUUGAAAGUGAACGACACCGAAGGAUUUCUUUGCACCCAUAGAGCCUAGAGCAGCAGCGGAGCACUCACCAGUGUGGGAGGGGGCUGGCCAAUUCUGUGAGCGACAAACGAUUCCCGGUCCAAACAAGACAGAAUGGCGGACUUGGAACGCAUACGUCUUGUGCUGCUGGGCGGUGCCGGUGUGGGCAAGAGCUCCAUUGUGAAGCGUUUCCUGUUUAAAAGCUACACAGACAAGUACCGCGCCACCGUCGAGGAUCUCUACAAUCGCGAGUACGACCUGGGCGGCGUUACGCUAAAGGUGGACAUUUUGGACACGUCCGGUGACAUGCAAUUCCCCGCCAUGCGACGCCUCUCCAUUGCCACGGCGCACGCUUUCAUGCUCGUCUAUGCCGCAACAUCAGCGCCCAGCUUUCAGUGUGUGAAGCAAUGCUUCGAGGAGAUACGAGAGCAGCGCGGCGACUUUCAGGACAUACCCAUUGUGAUUGCUGGGAACAAAGCCGAUCUGGCGCCCACCCACAGAGAGGUCAAGCUGGAGGAGGUGACAGAUUGGGUGUUCUGCGAGCUGCCGCGCUUAAGAGCCAAAGUGCUGGAGUGUUCGGCGAAGGAGGACAACAAUGUCACGGAGCUGUUCAAGUCGCUGCUCUCGCUGUCCCGCUACUUGCCCGCCAGCAGCGGCAGCAGCGGGCCCGGCGGCGCUGCAGCCGGCGAGGCGGCGCCCAGCGGUUUCAAGCGUCGCUCCUCCGCCUACGUCAGUGCCUCGUCCAGUCGCAACAAAAACCGCAUGAACAGUCCAGCAUUGGGCGGCGCCGCUGGCGGCAGCUCCGAUAAGAAGCAAUCCUCGAGCCACGUGGAUGCCGUCGAUGUGGCCAGCACCAGUGCGGAGGCCAAGCUGAAGCCGCGUUCCAGAUCCCUCAUUCGACGCGCCUCACGCAAGACCAAACAGCAAAUCAACAAUGCCUCCGAUGACUGCAACGUGCAGUAAGCAUUUGGGGGCAUGAUUACAUUACGAUUAUGUAUUAUGUAUUAUUUAUAGCAGCCUGUGCAGCUAUGUGCUGGCAAGUAUUUGUACCAAAACUUUGCUCAAAGGCAAACAAAAAGCAUUAAACUGUAUGUGUGGAUAAUAAUUGUUGCUAAUUCGAACAUUAUCAAAGUGUUUGCAGACUAUUUGCACCAAGGAGCGGAUAAUUAACCC